CUGAUAAAUUUUUUUGAACAGUGAUCUUGAAUAAACCAGACGUGAUUUGAUUCGUGUGGGUUGUUCUUUCAUUGUUCCGAGGCGCCUCUACAGUGUGGCAAAGAGAGAGCAUAAGGACCUGAGGGGAAAAUCUUCCUAACAAUCUGGUGACCCCGACGUGAUACUCUCGAUCAGGUAAGACAUGUCUGGUUGACUACCUGGUUGAUAGUAUCUGAACUUGUUAUCUCCCAGGGGGGAAGGUAAACCUUAACGCGUUUGUAGUGUUGAGCAGUUAUAAGAAUUGGAGAUUCUUGUAUAGCCCCCUUGGGAAGGAAAACCUCAGUCAUUAGGGACUGAGCAGAAGCGCACUGACAUAAAGUUACGAGUUGUGGUUCUUGUGCUCUCUGCUUGCCCACUGAUUAUAGAGUAAUUUUAAGAUGGGAAACUCUUACCCUAAGCCUGAGCCCGAAGAAACGCCUUCGUUUUGGAUUCAACGUUGUGGUUUAACAUACUAUGUUACUCCUUAUCUUGACAAUUUAGCUGGAUGGACUGAGGUAACUCCUCACAUUCCACCAUACCCUCGUGAAGGUACAUUUGAUCCUGGUUAUUUAGCCUCCGCUUAUCGCAUGAUUUAUGAAGGUAUUGGUGAUCCUCAAUGGGAAAACUCUUACAUGGAAGAGUCCUAUGGACGGUGGUAUGACAUGAAAAAGAUAUGGGAUGAAUCUAAAAAAAUAUAUACCCCAAACAGGGUUUUUAAAGCUAUCCCAAAACCUCCUAAAAAUAAGUGUUGCGUGCCCCCAACUUCUCCUCCUGUUUCCCCUACUAACCCACCACCUUACUCUGGGGAUGCGAAAAAAUUACCAUUGCUUGGUGCCUCCGCCCUUCCACCACCUUCAUUAUCAGUACCUAAGUUAUAUCCAUCACUAGCUGCACUAAAGGCCCCCGCUACAGAAAAAACCUCAGCUGAGAAAAAUAAAAAAAAGGGACUAAAAAAGAACCGUAAGGCAAGAAAUUCGGGGGACUCUAGCUCUAGCUCUAGUUCCAGUUCUGAGAGUUCAGAUGAUAACAGUGAUCUCGAUAAUGUUGGUCCCGAUGCUGGGACACUCCCUGAUCCCCCACCAUGGAAUGCAGCAUGUGUGUGGGUAGCUAAACCUUCGGGAGUACAGGUUACUCCGCCCUCACCUUCAGCCUUGAAGGACAUUAUUGGCCUUUUGCCAUCGCCAGAUAAGCCUCUGCCUUUUGUUGAUAUGUUGAUCAAAAGCUCACGAAAUUGCCAGUUGACUGGUGCAGAUUAUAGGUUUAUCUUGCAGAAUAAAUUAGGAGAUAGCUAUAAUGAGGAGAUGCUGGUUCAACAUGUCCCUGUGUUGAGUCAUGAAAAUGAUGAAGUUGUUACUGAGGUAAAAACUAAGACAGAAGGUGGGGGGGAUGAGGAAGCGCGCAAAGAAAAAUCAACUAAAGUAAAGUCAACCUUGUUCUGGAAAGAUAACCCAAGAGCCCUGACCAUGUUAAAAGACCAACUAACUAAAUACUUGUUGUCUAUUAAACAAGCAAAUCGUGAUUUAUCUCAGGUCACUAACUGUAAGCAAGAAAAAAACGAACCAGCAUCUGGCUUCUUUAACAGAUUCAGCCAGGUGUGGCAACACUUAGGUGGUCUCGAUCUGGUACAAACCGAUUCUAACCCUUUAUUUCUGUCCACUUUUUGUCCAACUGUCGCCUGA